GUGGAGGGAGAGGGAAAGCGUUCGUGAGUGGCAAUGUAGGCAGAUUCCCCAAGGAAUUACAAAGCUAGUCCAACAACAUUGUUACCACUUCAAAACUAAUGUUCCUCUUCUUCUAAAGCCAUGGCUAUGAAGCCCUUUAGCCCAGGGGAGGCGCGGGAGAUUAUAGAGUCUGCACAGCAGCCUGUGGUGUUCCUUGGCAUGGCUUCAGAUUGGCCAGCACUGCAGUGGGGCACUGAGCAGCUGUCACAGACCCUGGGAGAGAGGACAGUCCGUUUCCGCAUUGGAAAAAGACAAGAGGAGAAAACUCCUCUGUUUGAGACCCAGUGCUCCUACAUAGAGGCCACGCUGGGGGAGUUUUUACCCUGGGCCAGAUGUCAGAGCAGCUCAUCCAUAGGGCCUUUCUUUGACUACCCCCUGUCAGAAUACUGGGCCUAUGCAGACUACAAGUACAUCGCCAUGUUGUUCGAAGACAAAGCCUCCAUGUUUGAGGACGUGGUAUGGUCAGACUUUGGUUAUCCAGGUAGAAAUGGACAACAGAGCACACUGUGGGUUGGCACAGCCGGCGCCAACACCCCAUGCCACCUGGACUCCUACGGCUGUAACCUGGUCUUACAGGUACAGGGCAGGAAAAGAUGGCACCUCUUCCCGCCUGAAGACACAGACUCCCUCUACCCCACCAGGAUCCCGUACGAGGAGUCCAGCGUCUUCAGCCGAGUUAACGUAGUACAACCAGACCACACCCUCUUCCCAGCAUUCUCUGGAGCCCAAGCCCACAUUGUCACCCUGGAGCCUGGACAGGUGCUGUUUGUCCCCAGACACUGGUGGCAUUAUGUUGAGUCUCUUGAUCCCAUCACUGUCAGCAUCAACUCCUGGAUUGAGAUGGAAGCUGAUGAUGAAAGCAGAGUAGGAGAGGCCCUUGCCAGGACCAUUGUCUGUGCCCUGAAAACCACCCCCAGCAGUGACAAUGCAGAUAACUGGCUCAACCCCACUGAGGACAGGGCCACAUCGCACGAUGAGAACCUGCAGUAUCUGAAUUUGGCUGUGCAGGCGUGCGUGGAGAAGCAGAGGCGUGUGCCCUGCAAACCCACUGAACCGUGCAGGACCCGGCUGGGAAAGCGAGACUCCAAAGGAAAGCCCAAAUGUGGCGCGGGCCCAGCAGGAGACAGCCAGCACCCUCCCCGCACCAUCCCCUUUGGACCUCAUCUAAUCCCUGUUCUCCAGGACCCAGGCCAGCCUAAGCAACCAAGCAAGCCCAACCCGAACGCCUGCUCUUCCGCGCACUCUGCCUGUGGGCCCAGCCUGAACUGCCACCAGGAGAGCACAGACGCACCAAAAAGAGGGGCGGGUGCAGGGGAAGCAGAGCGCACCCCCACCCCCAGACAUGGACCCAUCUCCACCAACGACCUGCUGGAGUGCCUGGUUCAUCCAGAGGUCAUCGCCCUGGUCACCAAGCUUAUGAUGGACAGACAUGGGGUGCAUGGUUGUACGUGAACAUGAACAAUAUUGUUG